AUGGGACAAACCGAUCGAUGGGUUGGUCUAUCUUUUCAACUUUAUACACUUUUCUUGUCUUUUCCAGGCACUUGGGGAAGAAAGAGACGCACCACAACCUGCGAGCAGGGAAGCUGUUAUCCAGCGACAGGUGAUCUCUUGAUUGGACGCCAAGCGCACCUCAAAGCCUCAUCCACUUGCGGGCUAGAGCGACCACAACGCUACUGUGUGGUCAGCUACUUAGAAAAAAGCACCAAAUGUUUCACCUGCGACUCCAGACAGCCCUGGAUGGCUGGAAUCUUCGAAAACAGUCAUCGCAUCGAGAACGUCGUGUCAUCCUUCAAAGACCAGAAGUCCCGAUGGUGGCAGGCGGAAGCUGGCAGAGAGAAGGUCUCUAUACAGCUAGAUCUGGAGGCGGAAUUCCACUUUACGCAUAUGAUUAUGACAUUUAAGACGUUCAGACCUAAGGCCAUGCUCAUAGAGAGAUCCUCUGAUUUUGGAAAGACCUGGAAGGUGUAUCGAUAUUUCGCUCAGAAUUGUGCGAAGUCCUUUCCUAACGUUCCGCGGCGAGUCGUUAGCAGGUUGUCAGACGUGAUCUGUGAGGAACAGUAUUCGGCUGAGACGCCUUCCACAUCAGGAGAGGUGAUAUUUCGCGUGCUGGCACCGACGGUUCAAAUCCAGGAUCCUUACAGCGAGGCAGUGCAGGACCUACUCAAGCUCACCAACUUACGCAUCAACUUUACAGAGCUGCACACACUAGGUGAUACCCUCCUGGACAACCGGCCCGAGGUCAAAGAGAAGUAUUACUACGCCCUGUAUGACGUCACCGUCCGCGGAAGCUGCUCCUGCUACGGCCACGCGUCCAGAUGUCUGCCAGUGCCCGGUUUUGGCGGGAACGAGGAAGUUGCCAAAAAUAUGGUUCAUGGAAUGUGUGAAUGUACACACAACACCAAGGGUCUGAACUGCGAGCAGUGUGAGGACUUCUACCACGACCAUCCCUGGAGGCCAGCUAGGUCACACAAACCAAACGUCUGUAAAAAAUGUAACUGUAACGACCACGCCACUGAGUGCCACUUCGAUGCUGCCAGGUUCCAAGCCUCGGGAGGCAUGAGCGGAGGCGUAUGUGACAACUGCAUGCACAACACCCGGGGCAUCAACUGUCAGGAGUGUAAUCCUUUCUUCUUCCAGGACCCGAGGAAGGACAUUAGAGACCCAGAGAUCUGUCAGCCAUGUGACUGCGAUCCACUGGGGUCGCGAAACCAGGGCGAGUGUGAACAAAUCACUGACGACGUUACCAGGACCCAGGCAGGAAGGUGUAUCUGUAAACCCUUGGUUACUGGAUCCCGCUGCGACCGGUGCCUGGAGAACUACUGGAACCUGCAGGCUGAGAACCCUCUUGGCUGCCAACCUUGUGUCUGCAACACGGCGGGAACACUUCCAGGCACCGGAUGUGACGUCAUGACAGGCUUGUGCAACUGCAAACGUUACGUCACAAAUCGAAGCUGUGACACUUGCUAUCCCGGGUUUUAUGGUCUCAGUGCAGACAACCAGUACGGAUGUAGCCCUUGCGACUGUGACAUUGGCGGAGCGGUCAAUCUAGCUUGA